CUCUCAGCCUGAGGUGCUGGAGCAGCUCACAGGGAUCCAGGAACUUUGGAUAGAUGGGAACAGACUGACAUUUUUACCAGGGAUGAUUGGUACCCUGAAGCAACUAGCCUACCUGGACGUGUCCAAGAACAACAUUGAGAUGGUGGACGAGCAGAUCUCGGGCUGCGACAACCUGCAGGAUCUGCUGCUAUCCAACAACGCCCUCACGCAACUGCCUGGAUCUAUAGGCUCCCUGAAGAAGCUGACAACCCUGAAGGUGGAUGAGAACCAGCUCAUGUACCUCCCAGACUCCGUAGGGGGGCUGGCUAACUUAGAGGAGUUGGAUUGCAGUUUUAAUGAGAUUGAGGCUUUGCCCGGCGCGAUCGGACAGUGUGUGAACCUGCGCACCUUCGCCGCUGACCACAAUUUCCUGUCCCAGCUGCCCCCAGAGAUGGGCAACUGGAAGAAGGUCACAGUGCUCUUCCUGCACUCCAACAAGCUAGAGCACCUGCCUGAGGAGAUGGGUGACAUGCACAGACUCAAGGUUAUCAACCUCAGUGACAACAAGCUGAAGAACCUGCCCUUCACUUUCACCAAGCUAAGCCUGAUGACCGCUAUGUGGCUGUCUGAGAAUCAGUCCAAGGCGCUGAUCCCGCUGCAGAAAGAGGAGGACCCCGAGACGCAGAAGACGGUUCUCACCAACUACAUGUUCCCCCAGCAGCCCAGAGCAGAGGAAUAUGUGCCUAACUCAGACAGCGAGAGCUUCAACCCAACCCUGUGGGAGGAGCAGAGGAAGCAGCGCGCUCAAGUGGCCUUCGAAUGUGACGAGGACAAGGACGAGAGGGAGACACCUCCACGGGAGGGUAAUCUGAAGCGCUACCCAACGCCAUACCCCGACGAGCUGAAGAACAUGGUGAAGACUGCCCAGUCUGUGGCCCACCGUCUGAAGGAGGAGGAGUCGGGGGAGGAGGGCCGUCCAGCUGGGGUCAACCACGUGGGCCUGCAGGACGUGGGGGUUAAGGUGAUCGAGGGGCCGUGUCCCAAUGGCAAGGCGGUGGAGAUGGAAGCCUCAGCGGUGAGCGAGACCCCCAGGGAGAUGACGGACAUUCAGGGCACCCCCAGAACCCCCAUGAACCCUGGAGAUGCCCCCCGAGCCACAAUCAACCAUGAGGACACGCUGGAGGACUCCGAGGACCUGUCGUCAGAGGAGGAGGAGAUGAAGAUAGCCGAGAUGCGGCCGCCUCUCAUCGAGAUCUCCAUCAACCAGCCCAAAGUCCUGGCUCUCAGCAAGGACAAGAAAGCAGACGACGGUAAGGAUGCUGAUUCGCUCCUCGAUGACACGGUUGCCAACAGCAACCAGAACAACAGCAACUGCUCAUCUCCCUCGCGCAUGUCUGACUCCGUCUCCCUGACGACCGACAGCAGCCAGGACAACUCCCUCUGCACCCCGGAGAAGGAAGCCAAGAUGCACCUGUUGCCUAAGAACAGGCCAGAGGAUGAGAACCUGAACACGCUGCAGAAAGGCGGCUCGGUUCUGCAGAACUACAAUGGUUCCGACACGGCGCUGCACACUCUGCUGAAGAACCAGCAUGGCUACCCGCCACAGGCCCACGACAUGGCCGGCUACGAUCUGACCAUGGAGGAGAAGCUGGCCCUCAUCGACAAGAGCAUGAACAACGGCGUGCCCCAGGCCUACAACAGGUGGGACCAGAUCAACAUGAACGUGGCCAAGAUGGCCCCCGACAACAACACCCCCGCGCCACUGACCCUAUCGCGGAACAAUAACGCCUCCCUGGAGAACCUGGAGAACGGGAACCAGCUGUCCAAGACGCCGUCCAGCGAGCGGCUGACGGAGCGGUCGUCGCCGCCGCGGUACGAGAGCGUGGCGAGCACGGCGUGCGCGGGCGUGACGGCCAGCGAGCAGCACGGCCUCUCCUACAGCACCGAGGAGCUGUCGCCCGAGCGCCGCUGCGGCGGACCCCCGCAGCCGCCCGUCACCAAGUCGCACAGCGUGGCCAACAUGGACGCGGGCGGCAUGCGCCUCUACCCGGUGGAGGCGGACGGCGGGAUGAUGAUGUACGAGGCGGCGGCCGGCCGGCAGUUGCCCGCAGGGGCGGGGGCGCAGGGCCAGAGCAUCGUCCGCUCCAAGUCGGCGUCGCUGCUGAGCGCCCAGCCCCUGCAGGUGCACCCCGGCUCCUCGGCCUCGUCCUCCGACCUGCUGUCGGCCGCCGCGCACAAGCCGCCCGUCUCCGCCCGGCCCCCGCCGCCCCAGUACAAGGUCCAGUACGCCAGCAGCGCCAUGCCCAAGGAGAGCUGGUCCCCGCGCACGCCCGUGCCCCCCGACCAGGCCUACAUGCCCCCACAGCACUCGCUGGCCAACACCAACUACUCCAACCGCAACCAGGCGCCGCCGUACCCCAUGCCCCCACCCCAGCAGCACCACCAGCAGCAGCAGCAGCAGCAGCAGAUGUGGGCCAAGCAGGACCCCCGGCUGCUGCCCCAGCGGAGCGGCGUCCAGCGGCAGACCAGCAGCUCCUCGGCCGCGUCCGUGACCAUGGGGGAGCCGCGGCGCGUGGCCGUGCCUGAGGGCGACUACCUGAGCUACCGCGACCUGCAGGCCGGCCCCCGCGGGCCCCUGGCCGCCGCCAGCCUCGCCGGGCAGCAGCGUCCGCUCUCGGCCCGCACCUACAGCAUGGACGGCACCCACGGGAUGCCGCGCCCACACAGCGCCCGGCCCGCACCCCACGAGCUGCCCGAGAGGACCAUGUCGGUCAGUGACUUCGGCUACGCCCAGGGCAGCCCUGGCAAGAGGCCCGGUCCGCGGGUGAAGUCCGAGCACUCGCUGCUGGACGGGCCGGCUGGGAUGGCCGCUGGAGGGGGCAGGGUGCCUGCCGACUGGAGAAACCACGUGAUGCGCCACAUCGAGGCAAAGAAGAUGGAAAAGGACGAGAUCCUCUGGGCUCCAGGGCCCCCAGCAUACCCCUCCGACCCACAGAGAAAAGUGCCUUUGAUGAACGGGCGGCCCCAGAUGUCGUGUGGUCAGCCCGGCAUGGCGCGCCACCCCUCACGGGAACAGCUGAUCGACUACCUGAUGAUGAAGGUUUCCCAGCAUCCGCAGGCGCCACCACACGCUCCACACGAGAUCCUACAGGAGAUCCGUGUGAAGAUGGAGAAGAACCCUGAGCUGGGCUUCAGCAUAUCAGGAGGAGUAGGAGGACGAGGAAACCCCUUCAGACCAGAUGAUAAUGGCAUCUUUGUGACACGAGUUCAGCCAGAAGGCCCUGCAUCUCAACUUCUACAGCCUGGAGACAAAAUCAUCCAGGCCAACGGUUAUAGCUUCAUCAACAUCGACCACAGCUAUGCUGUGUCCCUGCUGAAGACCUUCCCCAGUACUGUGGACCUGAUUAUCAUCCGUGAGAUGUCCGCAUAGACCCGCGCACCCCACGGAGAUCAACAGAGAGACAGAGAGAGGGGGACCAGGCGAACCAAACCUGAAUGUCAACGUUGUUUUUAAAAGAGACAGCUGUCCAGACACUGGCCGCGGGUGCUGGACAAGAGGGAGGGAGUUUUAAACCACUGGACUGCGUGCGGACAGUCGCAUGGGAGAGUGGAGCAUGUUUUUCAUUUUGAUCUUAUUUUUUUUGGAUAAACCCCUAAUAGAUACCUUCACUGUGGAAUUGCUGUCGGCUUGUGUAGUCGGCAGCAGAGCAACUGUACAGAGACACUCUCUUGAGUUAUUAUUUUUUUGUUAUGAUGAUUCACCCUCAGCACUGACUGCAGAUCACCAACAGUGGGCAGGCUUUCCCUCUGCUUCCAUCCACAUACCUUUGUCACAAGCUUGACUUGAAUUUAAGGAGCGGAGGGAGGGCUUCAGUCGGGUUUGGUGGAGCGGUGUGUGAGAACGAGAGAGCGUUGGAAUACUCGCAUGUGUUUACGGAGGACAGGCACGUCGAUCUGAAGGAACCCCGCUGGACAACUUGACCCACAGCAAGGAAGUUGGGAAUUGGCCAGAGCGGAGGGGGACGCUGCCAGGGUCUCCUUCCCUCCUGUCCGACCCCGACGGCUUACCUGCUUUCCCUCAGUCUCGCCUCAGCUGUGCUGUCCUUUUCCCUCAACCUGAUCCGCUUCUGUUCCCACCACCUGGAGAUACAGCAUGGGAGACUUCAAGAGUACGCAAUAAGAGAUUGUCGUGGAUGGGGAUUUUAUUUUCUUCCUCUUUCUUCCAUUUGGUUUGUGGAGUUGCUUUCUGUCUGCUGGGCCCUACCUGCCUGGUCACAGCGCUGGGAGGAGCGCGAGGAGGAGCACGAGGAGGAGAACGUGGAGGAGAAAUGUUAGAAGAAAAAGGGAGCGGAGGAGGAGGAGAGGCGUGAGGGAGAAAAACCAAAGUCUGUCAAAAGUCUGGAGCCUGAUGAAAGGAGGCAACCACCAUUUCUGGAAUUAUCUUGGAUGCAUUGGUAUCCUGUGUGUGUGUGUGUGUGUGUGUGUGUGGCUGGGGGUGCUCUAAAUGGUCUUAUGCCAUCUCAUGGGGUCCUAAAGGGCUUCCCCUCUCAAAACUCACUUCUGUAUGUCUUUAUGUGAGAGUGAUGGACAAAGGAACAUCGCAUACAUACACACGCACACACGUGUGAUCUGCCUUGCCGCUAAACUUGGUCCAGACUGACAGGACACCCCUGUUCUCUCCUUCGCUGACUUGCUUCCUGUGACUUUUACUGUUGGUUAGACAAGUGCCAAGACCCCUGAGCUCACCCAGGGAGGAAGAGGAGGAGGCAUGAGCCCUUCAUCACCUGAGCAAUACUCACUCACCUGCAGAACGCACAGCACAACGGGCUAGAACAGCAAUAGAGCAAGAGCUUUUAUUUUUUUCCUGCAACAAAAGAGAUGUCUGUUAGCAUUUUUACAUACAUACAAACAAAAUACAAGACAAAAACAAAUAACAAACUUUUAGGAGAUAUCAGUUGUGAUACAGCAUUUUUUUAUGGCUACAUUUUAUAAGACUUUGCAGGAAUUAACUUUCUGCUUUUUUUUAAUGGCAAAGACAUUUGAGUGGACUGCAUAAAGCUCCUUUGCCUUUCCCCACAACCUGCCCUGUAUCACAGAAGCCUCCCUGAGGAGCGAGCUGAGUCAUUCAUGUCCAUCGCUACACACACACACACACACACACACACACACACACACACACACACACCCGAGCUGAACUGGUGAAACACUGAGAGGCAAUCUGCCUGCGAAGCUGAGCCGGGCUGUUGGAGGCUCACAGGUGGCUGUGGAGAGGCCACAGUAACGUGAAGACUUCUGUGGUGUGUGGCGUGUGAUCUGAACUCAACUCAACUGACUGCAUGAAGAAACCAUGGGAUUGUAUUUUUGUACUGUUAUUUUUUGUUUUCUUUUUACUGCCUGUUUCCAGAGCAGGCCACACAAAUCCUUAGAAAAGAUCAAAUUCACAAAUGUUGAAACCAUCAGAUGAUUAUAACUUUUAUUUUGUAUGCAAGAAGCACUGUUGAUUUUAUAAUGAGUGUACAUUUGUAAUGGCAUCGUGUUUGAGUAUGGUAAAGAAUGUUUUGAAAUUUUAUGUUCACAUAAUGGCAUCACAGAACUGUCUGCUUUCUGUAUGUUGUGAGUUUGUGUGUCUAUGUUCUGCAGAUGCAGAAUCUCUCACACAUACACCCACACACAUCACAACAGGCCUACAUUCAGCGAGCAUUCACUCGAGAUGGGUGGGGUAUACUGUUCCCAUGACGUGAUGAUGUACCGUGGGCUGUCACUCUGCUGGACGUUUCUCAUAUCAUGGUUCUCGGUUCUCAUAUCGUGGGGGGGGGGGGGGUACAUAUAAAGUUGAAUUUUGAGUGACCAAUUUUCCUUCUUUUUUAAAAACUUUUAAAACAUUUUAACACUUUUUGUUGUGGGCACUGCAUCCUCUGUGUUUAUGCUUGUUUUGAAAGAUAUCAUUUUAAUGGGAAAUAUUCCUGUAACUGUCAUAUUUUUAUAUCUUUUUUUUUUUUCUUUUUUUCAUUGCAAACAACAGAUGUGUACAGAUGAAGACAAUCUGGGCCUAAACCUGUGGUAAUAGUCUGCCAUCUUUAAACAAACCCUCCUUUUUAUUUAUUUAGCUUCUUCCAGUAGAGAGAAAAAGAAAAAAAAAUAAUCAAAUGUAAAUACUUUUACAAAGUUAAAAAGGUGAAAUUCGCCUUGGCAUUAGUUAAUCUAAAUGGAUGAAACCAGCAAUAAUUUUGUGAUCCUGGAGUGACCCAUAGUCAUCUUAGAGCUCACGGUGAGGUGGGUCUGCAAGCAGCUAGAGAUGAGGUGAUCAGUAUGCAUUUACUCAACAUUCCAGAUUUUGUACAUAAUUACACAGUUUCUGAGGUAACCUGUGGAUAAUGAUAAAUAAACUAAUGCUCUUAAAAUGAAAGU